UUUCCAUAUUAUUCAAUAAAUCAGAGAGGUAAUCGUAUAAACAUUAUAGUAUAAGGUCAUCUGAUAUUGAUUACGCAUUUUUGUUUAACAGUGAGAAAUGUCUUAAUAUGGUGACACUCAUGGAAAGUCCCGAUUUUUUCCGUCUUCAAGUAUUUAACUUCUCCACCUUCUCAACAUGAUAUAUGUAGAAAACGCUUGCAAACGUUAGGGAUGCAAUCAAGUUGUAUUCAGUUCAGUUGUGUUGAAAAGUUGUUUUGUUUUUAGCUCACAAAGUGACAGGGUGAGCUUUUGUGAUCGCUUUUCGUCCGGCGUCCGUCGUCCGUCCGUCGUCCGUCGUCCGUAAACUUUUACUUUAAAUGACAUCUCCUCAUAAACCACUAAGCCAAUUUCAUCCAAACUUCACAGGAAUGUUCCUUUGGUGGUCACCUUUGAAAAUUGUUCAAAGAAUUUAAUUCCAUGCAGAACUCUGGUUGCCAUGGCAACCAAAAGAAAAACUUUAAAUAUCUUCUUCUAAAAAACCCAAAGAGCUAGAGCUAAGAUAUUUGACAUGAAACAUUUUCUAGUGAGUGUCUACCAAGUUUGUUCAAAUAAAAGCCCUGGGGUCAAAAUUGGCCCCGCCCCAGGGGGUCAUUGAUUUUUCCUAUAUGCAUAUAUUAAAAACUUAAAAAAUCUUCUUUUUAAAGAACCCAAAGAGCUAGAGCUAAGAUAUUUAGCAUGAAACAUCUUCUAAUGGGUGUCUACCAAGUUUGUUCAAAUAAAAGCCCUGGGGUCAAAAUUGGCCCCGCCCCAGGGGGGUCAUUGAUUUUCCCUAUAUGCAUAUAGUAAAAACUUAAAAUCUUCUUUUUAAGAACUCAAAGAGUUAGAGCUAAGAUAUUUAGCAUGAAACAUGUUCUAAUAGAUGUCUACCAAGUUUGUUCAAAUAAGAGCCCUGGGGUCAAAAUUGGCCCCGCACCGGGGGUCAUUGAUUUUCCUUAUAUGUGUAUAGCAAAAACUUAAAAAAUCUUCUUUGAAAAAAACCAAAUAGCUAGAGUUUAGAUACUGAGCAUGAAACAUCUUCUAGUGAGUGUCUACCAAGUUUGUUCAAAUAAAAACUCUGGGGUCAAAAUUGGCCUCGCCCCGGGGGUCAUUCAUUUUCCUUAUAAAUCUUCUUUGAAAAAAACUCAAAUAGCUAGAGUUUAGAUAUUAAGCACGAAGCAUCUUCUAGUGAGUGUCUAAAAAGUUUGUUCAAAUAAAAGUCCUGGGGUCAAAAUUGGUCCCGCCCCGGGGAACAUUGAUUGUCCUUAUAUGUGUAUAGCAAAAACAUAAAAAUCUUCUUUGAAAAAACCCGAAUAGCUAGAGUUUAGAUAUUAAGCAUGAAACAUUUUCUAGUAAGUGUCUACAAAGAUUGUUCAAAUAAAAGCCCUUGGGUCAAAACUGGCCCUGCCCCAGGUGUGUCAUUGUUUUUAACUAUAUGUGUGAAGAAAAAACUUGACCAUCUAGACCUUAGAUGUUUAGCAUGAAACAGCUUCUAAUAGGUGUCUACCAAGUUUGUUCAAAUAAAAGCCCUGUGGUUUAAACUGGCCCCGCUCCGGGGGCCUAUAUACAGGUGAGCGACUUCAGGGCCAUCAUGGCCCUCUUGUUUAUUCUUUUUUUAAAACCCCUCUGCAAGGAACGCGCAUAUUCCCUCCCCAUACGCUGCUGCUGGAGAGCUUAUUAUCGGAAACAUUUUUAGUAAAUACAUAUACAUUAUAGUUGGAACGUUUAUUUUCCUCACUUGCCUGUUACACAGAUGUUUUUACACGCAGAUAAUAUAUGAAAGGGAAAGAAAAUGUGUCGGAGAUUAUCAUCAUAACUACAGUUUGGGACGUUAUUAGGUUUCCAAAUAAAUUCGAAUUCGGGAGAUGUGAGAUCUGUUACACGGCGAGGAUUAUAUUGAUUCUUGCACAGUCUCAGUUCAGUUAAUGGGCAGGAAACGAAGAUGUCUGACUAUACGUCUAAACUGAAAAACAAGGACUUUCGUAACUGGGUCAGGGCGCACUUUGCUGUAUAUGAAGCCAAAACUGGCUUGCAGGAUGUCGUCUGCGACACGUUGCAAACUCGUCAUCAGGAGAUAAUUAACUCAGUCACAACUCAAACACUCAGUAACCUCUGGUGCUCAAGUUGCUAUACUCAGACUAUUAUUUGUUGUUCAUUAAACACUUGUAACCGCCUUAGAAGAAAAUGCUCGACACAUCAAUAAUUUAGACCGUGCCCAAAUGGAGUGUGUGACAAGAUACGGGAUAGAAUUAUAACAGAUCAUAGACACUCCAAUCCUUCCUGGAAGAAUACUCGUGCAGAACUUUGGAACAAAUCCUACUGGGAGUAUGCUAAAUGUUUUAUGCCCCUUGGGGGUAUUCCGACAAAAAUUCCUAUUUAGAUACAGACCUAAAUGGAAUCAUAAGUAUAUUGUUAAACCAGAAUGAUUUUGUUAACGAAGUCGACGAUUCCAUUUGUUAUAAGGCACGACAUUUAGUGAACGAUUUGAGACACAAUUCAGAUAUGUUACUUAGCGACCAGAAGCUAGAAGAUGUCGUCUGCACACUACAACAACUUCUGUCCUGUUGUGAGAGUUUCAAAAAUAAUUCCAAGACCUCAGACGCUCGAGCCAAAUUAGAACAGUUGAAAGAUGGUUCUUUUGUUUUACCUGAAGAAUAUGGACAGCAGUGUCUACAGAGUCAAAUUGAGAAAAAUCUUAAGAAGGACUUAAUACAAUUCAACAAAGAUAUACAUGGCACGAUACCUAUCUCUCCGUUGUUUGAAGAUAUUGACAUGGCAGUUCCGGACGUUUAUGUCCAGCCUACAAUCAACAGGGUUUUGUCGGGCUGCCAAAACGCCAAAAAAGGCCAAAGAACAGCACGCAUAUCAUCUUUAAGAGAAAUAUUUCACGGUCAGAACGGACCUUAUCGUGAAAUAUAUUUGUGUGCAGAAACCGGGCUUGGAAAAUCGGUGUUUGGAAAACGGUUAGCUUUGAUAUGGAGCCAAGCGAACGAAUCUGACAAAAUUCAGAGAAGCUUUACCCAGGACGAAAUCGACGCAAUCAGUCAUUUCGAUUUUGUAUUUUACAUUUCCUUAAAAGAAUCUGAUCAGACUCAUCUUGAUGUUGAUGAAAUGAUGAAACAACAGAUCAUUAGAUAUCUUGCGCAUGCGUCACAAUACAAAACUGAAUUUCUUGAACAUAUCUUAUCAGAGAGAAAAUGUCUGAUUAUUCUAGAUGGUCUCGACGAAUGGUCACAUGAAAAAGGGAAUAUUCCAAUGAGAAGACCCAGGCAGUCUUGCACAUUUUUAACCACCACUCGCCCUUGGAGAUAUACAGUGGCUAGAAUAAAACAAAGUAAGAUUGAUCUACAGCUAGAAAUGACAGGUAUUGAUAAAGAGGGUAAGAAAGCUUUAAUAACAAACAUAUUAAAAUAUUUCGGUAGUUAUGACGAUCAGUCGGAGUUGGAGAACAGUUUGAAGGAAUUUGAGAAAAAAAUUGCAAGAAGAAACGUCAAUGACCUGGAGACUAGUCCAAUGUUAUUAUUAUACAUGAUAUGUCUCUGGCAGGAUGGGAAACCAUUAGGUGAUUCUCGUUGUGAUUUAUACUGUAACAUCUUAGAGAUGCUACUACAAAAGGUGGCACAAACACAGCAACAGGAGGUAGAAAUUAACCAAAAUGACAGUACUUACAAACCAGAAUGCUUCGAGGGAAAGGAGCAUUGUUGUAAGAACAUUCAUUUCGUGAAGAAAUUGUCGCAACUUGCUUUCCUUACUCUCUUCAAUCAAAGUUCAGCAGAAAAUAGGCUGGUAUUUAAUGAAGACAUAGCAAAGAAAAACAAGUCAGAAAGCUGCAUUGAAUUUUGGCUGAAGAUCGGCAUUAUAACUCGGAUAGUACGGAGUAAAGGAUUUACAUCACGUGAUAUAAGGAUAUCCUUUAUACACAAAACUUUUCACGAGUUCUUCGCUGCUCUCCAUGUAGCGUUUAACCAAAAUGAGACCCUUAUAACAGAUAUUGUGAUUAAAUCAUGCCCAGAUAUAAAUUCAGUUUUACUGAACGCAAGCUGUUUACAGAAUCUAUGUGGGCUCAGUCCAAUUGCAAGUCAAACAAUUCUAAACGGGAUAGCAAAUGUUAUUUCAAACAGUUGUCAAACAAAAAGCCUCCGGAGAAAUACGUAUGCUUUCGCAGACUAUUGGGAAAUGUGUGAUUGAAAACAAGAUUUCCAGAAUGUAAUGGUAGCGUGUGUAAAAGAAUGCAGAGACAACGAGUACGAACCUCGUUAUCAGUUGGAAGAUAUGUUUCUGAAUUUUGAUGGUGAACCUGAGAGCCAGUAUGUAUCAUCAUUGAUUGAUUUACUAAUGCACACAGAUGAUGAAUCAUUAAGGCACACAGGUGUUAAAUCAAUCAAAUUUGGACGAGCUCUUUCCCGCAAAAGUGUCCAUGAUCUAAGACUGCGACUGGAAGUGGAUAAAAUGAAAUCACUGCAAAAACUGGAUAUAUGGGGUCAUCCUUGUAGUAAAGAUGUUGAAAUGAUGCUAGGCGCGUCUCCGGACACAUUAGAGUGUCUUCUUCUUCAUGGGUGCGAAAUGCAAGGAACAAAAGAAAUUGAAAGGUACAUUGAAGUAUCUGAGGGAAGCGUCGAUAAACUGAUGUCUUUAAAGGUUUUGGAAAGCAUCGACCUUUAUUGUAUAUCAAUGAAUCAUAGUCAGAUAGAAAAAGUAGUAAAGUGGAUAGAAGGUAGGAAGUCGAUGAGACAAAUUAAAAUAGCCCGGGUAAAAUGCCUAGAUCAUGAGAAUAACAAUUGUGUUGCGCGUAUACUGGAUCUGUCUGAACACACGCAACUUGAUGUCAUUGGUGUUGGAAACAUGUGCGCUGAUCAGGUAAAGGUCAACCCCUUAUCAAUACGGGAAUUUUGGGGAGAAUGCAACCAGGCUAUGGUCACGUCAUUCUUGACCGACUACGCUUCGUCCGCCAUCAAUAUUCGUACAUUAGUUAUUGAAUUCAUAGAUUCAUACGAAACUGUCAAAAAGAUAUUAAGUAGAUUAACUGAUUUUGAACACUUAGUUAACCUACAAUUGAAAGGUCUUGACCUGCAAAAAAAUGAACUGAUAUUGUCGGACAAAAAAACUGUUGAACACGUGCGACUUAUUGAAAUAACUAUGGAGAAUCACGCACUGAGAUGCUUGAUUGAACAGUUAAGUACAUGUAAACAUAGUGUUUACAGUAGAAAUCGCCUCGUGUGACGUGGAGCAUGAGGACGGUACCGAAAGUUUUGAAGAACUAAGACAGAAAAUAGAGAUGUCGCCUGAAAAAUACUCUGUAAUUGCCAACCUGAAAUGCUCCGGACACGACAAUGCUUUUGCGUUCAGAACACUGCCUUCAUAACAUGCUUUGGUUGUUGGGUCGUUCGAAUGGUGACACAUAGAUUAACAAGGAUGACGUUCCUAUACGAGAGCUGGAGUUUAAGGGUGAGAGUAUAAAAUAUUUCAGUAUUAUAUCUUCAGCAUUCAUGAUAUAAAAACAUAUAUAAAACAUACAUUUAUUUCAAACAGGAGAAAGUAUUUAUGACGUAAAUGAAUGUGUCGUGUCAAUCAGCAUUAUCAUGGUUAUCCUAAAAGUAGUUUGGUAAACAUUCAUGUGUGGAUUGUGAUCUAAUCAUAUUCCUAUUGUGAUCCAUAUUUACAUUAGUUAGGUCUUGGUCUUCCAGAAAUAACUGCAUUUCUAAGAAAGCUAUUUUAACAAAUAAUGUCAAUUAUGAAGAAAUUGUUUUUCAUCAUCACUAUAAAUAGCCUAAAAGAGAUUCCAAAUUGUGGAAAUCUUAAGACUAGUUGCUGUUUUUUUUAUUUUUUCACAAAGAAAAAUAUGUUUAUGUUUAUGGCUGUUUUUCGUCUUCAUCCAACUUUGUGCUUAUCAUUAUAUCAAAGUGAGUUCGAAAUUUAAGUGUAUUUAACUGCGUAUUAUUUAAGAGUAUUUGUUAAGUGCAUUUUAUACGUGUAAGGUAAGAAUAUUUUAUACACGUGUUAGAUACGUGUAUUUGAUCUGCAAGUUAGUUUAGUUAGAUUAUUGUAUUUUGAUACAGAUGCUAUUUAAGUGUAUUUGAUACAGAGUAUGUGAAGUGUAUUUGAUUUCAUAUUAAGUGCAUUUAAUAUGUAUUUAGUUAAAUGUAUUUCAUAUGCAUGUUAGUUAAGUGUAUUUGAUUCACGAGUCAAGUGUAUUUGAUAUGCGGGUUACUUAGGUGUAUUUCAUACGCAGGUUAUUUAAGUGUAUUUGAUACGCAUGUUAUGUAAGGGCAUCUGGUACCCACGUUACUUAAGUGUUUUUGAUACGCAGGUUUCUUACGUGUAAUUGAUACGCAGGUUACUUAUGUGUAUUUGAUACACAUGUUAUUUAAAGGUAUCUGGUACCCCAAUACGAAAAUGUGUUUGACACACAGGUAAUUUAAGUGCAUUUGAUACGCAGGUUACUUAAGUGUAUCUUUACGCAGGCUAUUUAAGUGUAUUUGAUACGCAGGUUAUUUAAGUGUAUUUGAUACGCAGAUUGUUUAAGUGUAUUUGAAUCGCAGGUUAACUAAGGGUAUCUGGUACCAACGUUACUACGUAGGUAAUUUAAGUGUAUUUGAUACGCAGGUUACUUAAGUGUAUUUGAUACGCAUAUUAUUAAAGUGUUUUUGAUACGGAUGUUAUUUAAAGGUAUCUGGUGCCCACGUUAUUUAAGUGUUUUGAUACGCAGAUAACUUAAGUGCAUUUGAUACGCAGGUUACUUUUUAAUACGCACGUUACAUAAUUGUAUCUGGUCCUCAUGUUACUUAAGUGUAUUUGAUACGCGUUACUUAAGUGUAUCUGGUCCUCAUGUUACUUAAGUGUUUUUGAUACGCAGGUUUGUUAAGUGAAUUUGAUACGCAGGUUACCUAAGUGUAUUUGAUACGAAGGUUAUUUAACUGUAUUUGAUACGCAUGUUAUUUAAGUGUACCUGGAACCCAUGUUUCUUUAGUGUAUUUGAUACGCAUAUUAUUUAAGGGUAUCUGGUUCACACGUUAAGUGUAUUUGUUCGUCUCAUAAUCUUCAUAAUACAAUAAUCAUAAUUAUAUUCAUAUAUAAGGGAGGUUUUAGGCGGUGUUUUUUUCUGUCGAAAGUUUUAUUGCAAUGACUUUCUAUGUUUAAACGUUCCAGGAAUACUCAAACAUGAAAUGUGCAAUCAAAUUGGAACAUCCUAUUAUUAUGUUCACAUACAGUAUAUACCUUUGUUAAAAACAUAAUAUGAAGUAAUAUGUAACAAUAUAGUACAUUGUACAUGUUUUGGUCUACUGCUUGAAAAUAAACACCAAUAAACAA